AUGUUAUUACGAACAUUUUUCAUGAUUGGAUACUUUGCAUCAUGGAGUGCAUACCCAGACAUGGGAUACAGUGUCGACCAGCUUGAUCUGACAAAACUCUUGCACGUAAUGUAUGCAUUUGCAUUGCCAUCAAAAACUGGUGAGAUAUUUCUUCCGGAUCCUGAAAUAGAUUAUGGAGAUACGAGUGACAGUAUAUUAAGGGAUGGUAGCGCAAAUUUCUUGAGCAUAGUUACUAGUUCAUCGAAAAGAGAUAAAUUUAUUUUGACGUCGAUAAGUUUGAUGAAUGACUUAGGAAUGGAUGGGCUGGAUCUAUAUUGGAAAUUUCCAAAAAAUGAAAGAGAAGCUAAAAAUUAUGUGACUCUGCUGCAAGAGCUAAGAAUUGUAUUAGACAUAUACAAAAUAAUCAAGGAUGAAAAAGAAAAAUAUCUGUUAUCA